UUCAAAAACACGUUGCUUUGGAAUUAAAAAAUUAACGUCAAAAUUGAAUUUGACAUAUUUUUUUGAUGAUAACCAUUUACCGUUUUUGUAUAUUUACAUUGGAUUAAAAUAUAAUUAUGGCGAAAAAGGAUAAAAAGAAAAAGGAAAAUGAAGAGCCCCCGGAGUCGGAGGUGCAGGAGGAGGUGCUGGUGGCGACUACAGACCUGGAACCAGAACCUCCAGAAGUUCAAUAUACCGACACGUCCUACACUAGCGCCUCUUUCGAAUCAUUGCCACCAGUUAUAGAGGAACCCAAGCCGAAGAAAAAAAAGGGAAAGAAAAAAGCCGAAGAGGCCGUCGAAGAGGUAGUAAAGAAGACUAGCAGCGAGUUGUUCCAGUGGUCAGAGGAAUCUUUACCCCUUGAAGAACAAGUGCAGAAAGUCGAAGAGGAACAACUCGUUGUUAAAAAGAAAGGAAAAAAGAAAGGAAAGAAAGAAAAAGAGGAGAUACCGGACUUCGAAAAGCCAAAGAAUUGGAAGAAGAUGAAUAAGAAGGAGAGAGAAAAUUGGCUUCUGCAAAGAAUUGAAGAAUGGAGAGCUGAAAAAGAAGCGGAGAAGCAAGCGAUUCUGGCGGGAGCAAAAGAAAAAAGGGCAGCUUUGGCACGUGAAAGGGCCGAACUGAUGGCAAAGGAUCACGCCGAGCAGGACAUAAGAAGAGAUAUACUCGCAAAGACAUGUACCCUGUUUCAUAAGUACGAAAGAGAAAAAUUCCAAUUGGGCAGACAAAAACAGCUAGACGAAGAAUGGCAGCAGUAUCUGAAGUGCGACGGCUUACCGGAUCCCCGUGUUGUGACCCAAAUGAAUACAUACAUACACGUUUGGAAGGAGAGUGGCAACUGUGACGACGAUGAACUAGACAGGCGCUGUCAGGAGGCGUUGCCAAUGUUAGAAAUGUUGGAGGAAUUCGUGGCUAACUCGAGACAGUACACGGCGCUACAAGCGGCGAAUUACAAUGAGGUCCGUUUAGACUUGCGACAUCAGCUGUCUGAAGCCAUACAAUGCGCUUCCUUUACACUGCUUCGAGACCUCGAGAACCGCUUGAAAUGGGAUUCCAUUAAGUUAGCCAUGUAUGAGCGAGAAUUCAAGGGCUUAAGACUGAAUUUGUGGGUAGCUGUCCCCUUGCCGACUAGGAAACCGAAGCCAGCCGAACCUGAAAUGGAACCCGUGGAGCUGUGCUUUCCGUCUAUAAACGUGGGUGUGAAGUUGCCAAAAACAAUAGAUGGAUCCCGUGUCUGCGUUCGUGCAGCUCGCUCCAUGAUCGACCUCCUCAGUGAAAGUUCGAGAAGCUUCCACCUGGCUGGAGAAAUGCCGAAUCGAUAUGAAGAUCUCUUUAUAUUUAACGUAAAAGAACAUGUCGAGACCCACAAGCUGAAGAAAGAGCAAGACGAAAUAAGAACCAAAUUCUAUAAGGAAAUACGUGAAAAAAUCAAAGAAGUUGAGGCCUUUUUAAAAGCAAACCCAUAUACAAAGAACGAGAAAGAAAAAGACGAAUUGGACAAUCUCAACAUGGCUGAACCACCUUUCCUGCCUGAUCCAAGAACGUAUAUAGGAGAACAGAACGAAUUGGCGUUCGCAAAAUAUUUAAAGUCUUGCAACACCAGAACUAGGAAAGGAGAGGUCCAUUUGCGUAAAUAUAGGAUCUGCAGUGGCGUUUUAAACCUGGAUCUCCUCAUAACACCGCCUCAACCGAAGAGGAUCCAGGGAGGCAUUAAUUUGUCCACUUUGGAACUUCCUAAGCAGCUUCGUCCUAUGAAGUACCAGGUUCAGUACAGGUCCCCGUCCCCUCCACCCCCCGGGGUUACGAGGACUCCAGAGGAAAUAGAGGCGGAGAUGAAAAAAGUUGAAAUGCAAUAUGAGAAGUUGGCCCUAGUAUCCAUAGACCUCUCCGAAGACGUGAUGUGGUCGGAGCCACCUGUGAUCUGUCAGUGGCAAGAAGCAAGGAAACUGUGGACGUCAAAUUAUGUCAACGAUUAUAAGUUUAAUGAAGAUAAAUUGACAGUACAAUUCAGGACUGGCGUUCUCUGGCCGAUCGGGAUCGCUGUGUUGAGAUAUGGAAAUCUUCCGUAUCAAGGAUGGGAUAUCAGACCAGAUUCUAAUAGUAAAGGCGUCACAAUAAGUGUGACCGGUGCAUGUGUGUCCGUCACGUUUGUGUGUAUCGGGAAUUCUGUUAGAUUGAAAUGGAUAGCGAAUGCUACCACUCCCGCCUUGAAAGAACAUUUUGAUAAGCCGUACAGCGUCAAGAAGAUGGUUCAGAUCAUGCGCGAGGCGGCCUGCGACUUCUUCCCUGACUUCGACGGUCACAACCACGUGGAAGGCUCCUGCCCCAAGGAGUGGGUCAGCGAGAGACACAACUAUCACGCUAUGGCAUUUCUGUCUCGAGCUUAUAACUUUCAAUGGAGCAGGUGGAACGCCGCAGCCGGAAGUCGUAAUAUUAUAAUACAAUUCCGUGAAGCAGUCGACCGGAAGAGAGAGGCAAAAUUUCAUUUACUACGUGUCACGCCGCAGAGAGCUGUAGUUCUCAAAUGCAUUGAGCUGUCGCCAGAAUUCAACAUGGACGCCAUAGUCGGAUUUCCGUUUUAUCCGGACCUCUUCACGCUGAACAUGUCUUACGGCUCCGUGGACGCGAGACGAACAACAUUCAACAUGAAGUUCAGGCUCGUGGAGACCGUGUUCGAUAUGUUGCAGGAACUUAAGCUAUGUAGCUACUCGUGAUAUAGACAAAUUGAUAUUUUUUUUUAUUUUGUCAAAAAAAAACAACCAGGAAUUUUGGUCCACUAAAUCGGUGUUUUGGAGCUAUAACGAAAAUUUUUUUUUUUUUUUGGAUUCAAAAAGAAACUAGUUUUUUGUUUUGACAUCAAUAUUUUGGAGAAAAUGUUACGUUUUUUUUUUAUACAAAGUAUAAUUUUAUUACCAAUCGAUUUUUUUUUAAAGUGAUGUACCUACAUGUUCGCAAAAUGUCAUUAAUUAUAUAUAUUUUUUUAAGGUUCCUUUUAAAUCAAGAUUGAGUGAUCGAAAUAUAAAAAAAAUAUUAUUUGAAUUAUGAAAUAUAAACUUUAUGCUCGUUUAAUUUGAGUUUUAUUUGAUUUAGAGCUAGAAAUGAAGAUUUUUAUAUCCAGUGUGUUUGUCGGAGCACUUGUCCAAUUUGAUUUUUAUGAUCUGUGAC